UGGUUUUGGUUGAGGCGAGCGUUUGGGUCGACUAGCUCAAAAAGAAUUCCUAAUCUGAAUGAGACAUCACAAGAAGCGGUGCUCGUGUUCGCCGGCGAAGAGGCUUUUGUUGAUUGCAAAGUAGAGAAUCUCCAGAAUUACACAAUUUUAUUUAAAUUCAUGGUCGCCGGCACUGAACCCCAGAAGUCGGAAAUAAUUUCCGCCGGAAAUCUUAUCAUUACAAGUGAUCCGCGCUUUUCAAUGCUUCAUCACUCGGAACACGACGUUUGGGUCCUAAACAUAAAGAAUACUAAAACCACUGAUUCUGGUAUUUAUGUUUGCGAAACCAAUUCCACUCCUAAGCAACAAAUCGCCCGACUUUUAAGUGUAAUCGACACCGACUCCAGAAGUGCCAGAAAUCAAAUCGCCCGACUUUUAAGUGUAAUCGACACCGACUCCAGUGAUAGCAAUGAUAAAACCGAUGCCAUUCUGUCGGAUGUGAACCACAAUUACACAGAAUGUUGUAUCGAAGAGGAAGUGCCAGAAAUGUGUCACUCGUUUUGUCUGAUGAGCGGAAUCGUUAACAACGAUAUCCCGCACCAGACCGUGCGCUCAUGUCUGCAACAUUUGCCGAGUAUUACUAAGUGUUUGAAUGGCGGCAGAAAUAAUCUAAUGUGUUGUAAGCGUCAGAAUAUUCCCAAACCAUGCGAAGGGGUUUGUGUCGGAAAUUUCACGUUAAGCACAGUUAGUGAUCACUACACGUGUAUGGACUACGCGGCCCCAGUCCUCGCCUGUAUCGCAGAGGGCAUCGAAACACUUCCACCGCAACCGCAGGACGUGUUCGUUGAGUCCGUUUCGACGACAGAGCUUAAGGUCAAGUGGUUUAAGACCGAGAAUUCAAAGGACGCCAAAACCGACUCCUAUCUGAUAAAUGUCAAGUGGUUUAAGACCGAGAAUUCAAAGGACGCCAAAACCGACUCCUAUCUGAUAAAUGUCACACAAUUGCAUACAUUUGACGAUUUGGUCGAUAACAAGAAACUCAAUAAUUUGAACAUUAAGGACAACUCUCGACCCAUUAAUAACACACAAAUGUCUUAUAAAGUGAACGCAUCGUUAAGUGAAUACACUAUUAAAGACUUGAAACAGUUUACGAUGUAUGAGAUCCAGAUGUCGGCCGUAAAUAAGUUUGGAGACAGUUUGCCAACUGAUCCAAUCCGUGCGCUAACAUUAGCCCCAGAAUCGGAUACACAAAAAAUACCCAAAUCAACCAAAACUGAUCCCAAACUCCCGAAUAUUAGAAAGUGUUGUGAAAACAAUGGCGUGGUUUUGGACCGAUGUCUUAACACACUAUGCGAUCCGACACAAGCGGAUACGGCCAGUCUGUCUGAUCUAAUGAUCUGUGCGCCAUGGGCAAACGUUACGUUCAAAUGCAUGUCAAUGGAGACGACAGAAGAGGGAUUCACUGAUCACUCCAAUUGCUGCGAACAAAGAGCUGUUAAUCCGAUUACGAUUAACACAACGCCUACUGUUAUGCCUAACAAUACGUCGGGUUUUCAAACGAUACGCCUCUCGAGAGCUGUUAAUCCGAUUACGAUUAACACAACGCCUACUGUUAUGCCUAACAAUACUUUCAACAAUUUAUUGCCUAAUGAUGUGGAGUGCACUGAAGAGCCUCUCAGAGACACUACAAGCGGAUCCGUGAAGACACUGAGACCAUUCUGGAGUUCAAACCAGGGAUUCUCCGUUUGGUUCCUCAUUAGAUCCCGUGAGCCGAUCGGUCUGUGGACCAAAAUAUGCUUCUUCUCGGGAGCCGUCCACCCGAUUCUAACUGUAUUGUCAUCAAUGAAUUGCUCGACGCGGACAUUGAUGGGAGGGCCGGGCAGUAGAGCUCUGCCCUCUUGGAAACACGAUAUGAUUUCCCGAGAAGACGACAGAAUACACAGCGAAGACCCGCACACCAGCGAAGACAUCCAUUGGGCACUUGGCGUCUGCGGCAACACUGCUGAACUGAUUCGGGUGUCACUGCAAGGGCAUACCUCUGAGUGGGCAACUAUUUAUUACAAACGAGACAUACAUUUCCCGAAACUGUGCAGAAGAGUCGAGCGGUGCCUCCGAUCGGUGCUGUACUUAGGAUUGGAUUGCCGACAGCCGUUGGCUUAA